GAACUCCUCACCCCUCCAGACCCCUUCUUCCAUCUCAAGAUCACUUCUGAUUUGCAAAGACCCUCCCCAGGCUCCCCCAUUUAUUCUCCAUAGACCCCACACACAUCUCCUUUGACUGAUUGCUGCUAACCCUCUGCUUUACCUCUGCUCACCCUCCUCCCCAUGAGGCUUCUGCCCUGCCCUUCUCAGGCCCUUCCACCUAUCCCUAGUCUGGCCCUAGGGUGACCACUGGGCAGCCCCCCUCAUGCCCACACUCCCCCCUCACUGCCCUGUGGAGCUGGGCUCCCUCAAUGAGCAGGACAGCCGCCUGGCCCAGCUACACCAGCUGGCGAUUGCUGGAGGACCCUGCUGGCGGCUGGCCCGGGUCCUGAAAAAAGGGGUACAGGUGGAUGGGGAAAACUCAUCAGGUCAGACCGGCCUCUUCCUGUCAGCGCUGCUGGGCCGAGCAGGUGCUGUUAGACUUCUCCUCCGCUUUGGGGCAGACCCCAACCACCGCUGCUUGGAUGGAAGUACCCCAGUCCAUGCAGGAGCUUUCUCUGGUCAUUGUCAGGUCCUUCUUUGGCUGCUGGAGGCUGGUGGAGACCUGAGGCUGCAUGACCAGCAGGGCUGGACAGCAGAGGAUUGGGCCCGGCAGGCUAGAUCAGAGAGCUGGGAAGUCUUGGAACUCCUUCGAGAUUGCCGAGCCAGAAUGUCCCUGCUGGCCCAGGGGGGUGAAACUGCACUGGCUUCGUCCUUGGGGGAGCUGUGGGGGCUCCGGGCUGGAUCUCUGGGAAACCUGCACCUGGCCCUGUCCUCCCGGCUCCGGCCUCAGGCCGAAGGGUCACUGUGGCCCAACUGGAUGCAGAGGUCCCCCCAGAUCCCAGGGCUGGGGUUUGGCCAGCUGAGCAGUCUGAGACCUCUGGGCCUUACCUCUGGGGUUCCCCUGGUUGAUCCUGAAGAGCUGCUACCAGCCCAGGGGGAGCCUGACCGGACAUAUGAGUGCGGUGCCCACACCAUUAUGGUCAACCUCCUGUGGAGGGGACACCGAGUGACCAUUCGGAAAUUGAAGCCACCCCCAGCCCCAGUCCUCCCAGACCUGCUGUUGUCUGACCUGAAGCAUUGCAGCUUCCUCCAUCACCCAAACUUACUGCUGCUCAUGGCCCUGAGCCCCUCCCCUGACCUGGCUGGCCUGUCUCUCCUGUUUGAGCCCAUCCAGGAGGGUUCCCUGCACCGAGUGCUGCACCCCAACGGGGAUGCGGCCUGCCCCAGAAUCCCCCCUGGAUUCCCCCCAGGGCAGCUGCUGUUACAGGUGCUGGAGGCCCUGCUGUUCCUCCAAGGCCAGGCCCGGGCCCACGGGGGCCUCAGCUCCCACGCAGUCCAGCUGGUUCGACCCGGGUUGGCCAAAGUCAGCAACCUGGAGCACGGGCGAUCCUUGCCCCGGCCCCAGCCAGAGCGAGCAUAUCCUUGGGGAGGCCCAAGCCCAGGGCUACCUCCACCGUCUGAGCUGUACCCCUGGCUGCCACUGGAGUUGAUUCGGGGGGACCCUCCCGCCUUGACUUCUGACUUUUACAGCUUCUGCAUUCUGACCCAAGAGGUCUUUACUGGGAACCUUCCCUGGGCUGGGCAAGAAGGCCUGCAGGUCAAAGCAAAGCUGGAGUCUGGGGAGGCGCCAGUGCUCGAUCCCCAGGUUCCCCUGACCUACCGGCCCCUGGUCAAGGCAGGACUGGGGCUGCAGCCUCGAGACAGAAAAGGCAGCCUGCAGGAUACCCGAUACAAGUUGAGGCUGGUGUUGGCUCAGGAGUCUGCACUCAAAGAAGCCUCUUUGGGCAAUCUGGGCGGCCCCCUUUCAGAGCCAAAGACCCCACCACCACCACCUGGUAAGGCGGGGCAAGUGGGCAGGGAAGGUGAACGUCCUGCACACACAGAGCAGCUCUCUGAGAUGGAUCCCAAGGUCACUAGCACACCUAGACCUCCGUCCCCCAAGAUGGCCCCAAACCUCAAACCAUCUGAGACUUUGAAGUCCCCUGAGAGCAGCGGGGCCUGGGGGAACACCUGGAGCUCCCCAGCCUUGGACUCGGGAAGCAGCCUCAGCCUGAGCUCCCAGCCUGAAGAAGCGUCACCAGCAGACCAGAGGAAGAUGCCCAGUCCAGAGGCUGAGAGGAGCAGCCUCCCUGCUGGGCCAGGUCCAGGGCUCCCUGGAGGGACUGGAGCGAAGGUUCUCAGCCAGGAACCGGGCCCUGCAAGAUCCAUUAGGAGAUGUCCCAGAGGCAUCCGCAUCCCCAUACACCUGCCCUCAAAGUCCACACUUCCACCACCCUCUUUCCCACGCCAGAUGUCGGUCCCUGAACUGGCUAAAGCUGGUCCCUACACCAGCCUGCAGCGGCUAGACCUGCUAGAAGAGAUCAUCACAGAGCUACAGGGGGCCCCCAAGCCGAUGAGCUGAGAGUGGAUGAGGCUGAGCCCGGCCGAUGCAGGCUACCUGACCCUACUCCAAUAAAGCUUUCCCAGUCAUACAGCUUGGAUAUA